AUUAAUAAAUUCCACCAUUCUUCCUCCGUUGCCUCUCAUCGUCCCUCGCAUAAACCGACAAACUUCGGGAAUUAGGGUUUUUCAUUUUUUUUGAUCUCACACUCAGUCACUUCUUCUAACCCUAAUUUCCGAUUAAAAAUUUCCUAAAAUCGACAUUUUAGAGAAGAAAUCACUACCACAAUGGCGGAGCAUUUGGCAUCGAUUUUCGGUACAGAGAAAGACAGAGUAAACUGUCCAUUCUACUUCAAAAUUGGAGCUUGUCGCCAUGGUGACCGCUGUUCUCGACUCCAUAACCGUCCGACAAUCUCUCCUACUCUUCUUCUCUCCAAUAUGUACCAGCGUCCUGACAUGAUAACUCCUGGAAUUGAUGCUCAAGGUCAGCCGAUUUCUCCGGAAGCUCUUCAAUCUCACUUUGAGGAUUUUUAUGAAGAUAUUUUUGAUGAACUUAGCAAGUUCGGAGAAAUCGAAACUCUAAAUGUGUGUGACAAUCUAGCUGAUCAUAUGAUCGGAAAUGUUUAUGUUCAAUUUCGUGAAGAAGAUCAAGCUGCUGCUGCCUUAGGAGCUUUGCAAGGGAGGUUUUACUUAGGGAGACCGAUUAUUGCUGAUUUUUCUCCUGUGACGGAUUUUCGUGAGGCUACUUGUCGACAAUUUGAAGAGGAGAGUUGUAAUCGAGGUGGAUAUUGUAAUUUUAUGCAUGUUAAGAUGAUUGGGAGGGAGCUGAGGAGGAAAUUGUUUGGUAAGUUUCAUAACCCUAGGUAUCGGAGGAGGAGUAGAAGCAGGAGCCGGAGCAGGAGUCCAAGGGGUUCGCGGAGGCGAGAGAGGGAGAGGGAGUAUGAUUCUCGUGGAAGUCGUGAAAGGAGACAUGAUGAUGGAAGAGGAAGAAGUGGUGAAAGGAGGAGGAGCAGAAGUCCUCCACCUGCUAGAGAUGGCAGUGAGGAAAGGAGAGCUAGGAUUGAGCAAUGGAAUCGAGAGCGUGAGGAAAAACAAUGAUUCUUAGCUUUUGAGAUUUGGCUCUUUUGCUUGAUUGUUGAUGAAUUAAGCUGUCUUUUGGUGGAAUUAUUAGUGUAGCUUUGUUGGUGCUUAUUCUGGAGUUUAUUAAUAGACUAAUUAUGUUGUCUCUCAUGUGGUAUUUUCAAGUUUGUGGGUUAUUGACUUAAUUGUAUUGCAAUAUUUAAAAAUUGGAUCAAAAUGGUUUGUUCUUUGGUUUACUUUGUGUUGGUUAAUUAGUAAAUGUAGUAACAUUGGUAGUUUCUUAUAGAUUUGCGCAUCAAUUUUCCCAUCUUGAAAUAGCAGUGUAGUUGAUGUUUUAAUGUUAUUGUAGUUGACUGAAUAUCAGUAUGGAUGUCUUAUUUAAUUAAUGGACUUGCUCAAUCAGUUUAUCACGUUUCUUGAUUAUAUCAAGAUAAAUGAACACUUUGGAAUGCCAUGAAUGGUUACUGGUUGGUGAGAAAAGGAAUUAACAUAUUUGAGGAAAAAUUUUUGUGACCUUGGAGUGCAAGUGUGCAUAAACCCAAAUUCUUCUUGAUUGCUUCUUUGGAAUAUCUUUCAUUGCUGUUUUGAUCGCCUCUUUGGAAUAUCUUCAUAGCUGUUUUGAUGUAAACAAGGAAGGUCAGAGGAAUUUGUUUUACUAUCAGUGCCUUCGUGAUCUGUUCAUUAAUGUCAUGCUACUCAAAUGCUUUAGAAGUGCAAUACUUUUAAAUGCUCUUGAGCUGCAAUGGUUUUAUACUCUUAAAUCUAUAUAUCUAAUUGUGGGAUUUUUAUGUUUUUCUCUUGUCUCGAUACUUUGCACAAACUUUCUAUAUUUAUGUGUUGUUUUUUAUGCACUUGAUUAUCUUGCUGUUACCUAUCAUUUUUUGGUCUCUUUCCUUUUCUGUAUACAAGUUUUGAAAAAAUGGAAGCUAGGAUUUUUUGUUUGAUUAACAUACUCGAUGUUACUUUUAAGGUUGAGACUGAGUACUUGCAUAGUUGUAUAAUGCAUAAAUGUAUGCCCAAUUGUUUGACAUGGAAAAUUCUGAAACAAUUGUAUGAUUUUGUUGUUCCAAAAUGAAAUGAUGAAGAAUCAACACCCUUGUCGUCUGUCGCAGUGUCAAGGAUUAUACUUGAGGUGAUGUGAAGAGUCCACCUAACAAGUAACGGUAUGUAAGUAUAGCUGAAAUUUCUCUCUUGUGGUUGUGGGCAAGAGUGAUUAUUAUCGAGCAGUGACUAAGUUAUAAGCGUGCAUUUUCUACUCCAUUAUUUGCAUGAGCUGGUUUUUCCAUUACAAGUUUAUACCUAGAACUUAUUGUGUGGCAUAAAGUGAUGUUGUAAUUGAUGAUCACGAAAAAAAAGGUGUUUUAUGAGCUGUGGUCAGUUUCUGUGGCCUGGUCCUUGCCUCAUCUUUCAUUGUACUUGUUUGCCACUUAUCUAUUGAAUCAGCGACUCAAUGGACUGAUGCUCGAAAGUUCUAACCAUUGUUUUUAUUCCUGCUGUGUAUAACAUCUAUCAGUCAUUCCAUACAACAGAAUUUAUCACUUUGAUUAAUUCUGUCAGGUUAAUACCCAGUUAUCUGGUGCUAAGAUCUUGUCUAUGCCGCCAGCAAGUAGCUGUGUAACUUUUUUUCUUUUUGUAGAAAAUUUGAACCUUUUAAGAGAAUCUUCAAAUUUAACAUCUUAACUUCUAGGUUUGUACUCUUCUACUUCCUAGAUUAGGAAUAUGGAAUGCUGCCUCCACUUAGAGUUUUAAAUCUGAUACGUGCUCUUUGCGGCCAAAAGUGGUGCCAUUUUUUGUCUAGUUUCCUUUGUAGUACUGAUACUUAAGAAUCGAUAGCCAGUUAAUGACAAUAAUGAUAAUAGGGGCAUGCAAACUUUCCUUUGGUACUCCGACUGGAUAAAAUACCAUAUUCAGGUAAUUUACUUGCUGAUUGUAAAGCAACAUAUGUUUUAAAUGUUUCAAGCUUUGAUAUAUUAUAUCUGUCCAACUUAUACUUCCAUGAUAGCGUGUCACAAUUUUUAUUAUCCAUUGUUUUUUAGAUUUCAGUGAUUUCUUAUCUCUAACCAUUUACGUUGGCACCUGGGAACUUCAAAAUUCUUGAUUUACGAAUUUCAUAUGCCUUAUGUCAACAUUGGCCUGUAAGAUUAUCAUGCCCUGUUGUCAUUCAUGAAAUUGAAUGUUGCACUUCUCUAGGGUUUGUAUUGAAGUGAAUCAAGCAAUUGUUCCUCGUGAUGCCAAUCACUUCUAAUGAUGGAGUUUGAUUUUUGAUAUCUGAAAGUCUCCCAUUGCACAUGCGGUCUUUCUGCUGUUGUGUUGCCUACUAUAUCAUUAUCCUCAUGGUUUCUUAGAAAGCGCUAAGCAACAUGUUAUUUUUACUCUUGUAGGAGCUUGAAUGAUUGCUUCGCAAAUCCAGAUAAUGGCUGUUUAAAUGUACUAGUUUUUGAAUUAAUAUGUUAAAGAGCCCAGAUGAAGUAUGGGCUAUGAAGGUGUUAAUGUGAGAAUUGAAUACUACAAAACUGCUUCAUGGAGUGGGUAAGAUCCUAUCCUUUCUUUCUCACCUUUGAUUCCUCCUUAAAUUGUAUUUUUCGUCCAAUUGAUUUUGCUACAUUGUGAGUUUUUUAUUUUUUUAUUUGGAUUAAAAAUAUUUCUGAAUAAGAUGAACUAAGAGAUUCAAUCUGUGGAUGAGAUUAAGAGAGAGAACAUGAUGGUCGUAUACAAAAUUAGAAUAGUAGCAUAAUUAGAGGGAUAUCCAAUAAUGGAAAUUAUAACAAAUUGAUUGGGACAAAGGAGUAGAGAAUAACUCAAUUAAAGGGAAUAACUUUAGGAAGGCAUUUAGAUGUUACAUGUGAAUGAAAAAUCAGACUUGAAAUUGGAGAACAUGGUGUGUAGUCUAAACUCAAAAUGAUCAAGACUACUUUUCACUCAACAAAACAAUUAUGGGCAUAUAUGCUAGGUUGUUGUAUCUACUAAGCAAUGAUAGGGAUGGAGAAGAGUCUAAUACUAUUGUUUGCUAUGCAUCUUUCUGGUUUGUACUCUGACUAUGGUAAGUUCUGCUCCGUUGAUGUUUCAUAUUGUGGCUCUGUUGGAUCAUUUUUUUUCAUAAGUAUAAUGGUCAUGGAUGUUUUUUUUACAUAGGUACUAGUUUUUGCUGUUAAAGUUAUUGUUCUAUGUUUGAUAGUCAUCACAUUUGGAACUUGAACAAGUCUUAUGACAGAUAAGAAGUCUCUUAUAAUGUUCGUCUUCAAAAUAAACAUGUCAUUGGUAGUUGUCACUUGUCACAAUUUGAUCAUUGAGGUUCUAGCCUUGUGAGGGUGAAGUUACACCCCAUGUGCUCUCUUCUUUGGCUCAUGGUCACCUUGCAAGUUUGGUUUAUAAUCUUCUUCGUAAUACCACAUGUUGCACUCAUGUGCGUGUUCUAUUGCCAAAUUUCAUUGAUAAGGAUUGCUGUUGGGAAUCUUAGGUGCCAAGAAGGUUGUUCAAGCAGAAGAUUGAGCCAAAUCUUCUUACUGGUAAAAAAUUUGUUAGCUGGUAGGUGUUAUUUGGCUUUAGUUAGCACUGAUACUUAUAAAUUAGACUGUACUCACCAUUAAAUCCACUGGGCUGAAGGUCUGUAUUUGCCAUGUUACUGAUCUAUGAACAGCCCGACCAUCUCUCCCAAAAGCUGCCUUUUUCCAAGCAUUGCCCUAAGCUAGACUUAGCCCAUGUCAUUUGGUUUUUCGUUCUGCGGGCAUGAGGAUAGAUGAGUGGUUCAUUAGUGUUAUUCCUUGAGUUCCAAUCCAAAGGAUGUUGCGAUGAAUGAUUAAGGGAAAAGGUCAAUGAGUUGAUACUAAGGAUGUCUAAGAAGAGAUUUGAAGUGUGAAUCUGUACCCUACUGAAUCGCGAUUAAUAACUCCAGAAAAGUUCCUUUGAGUUUGCAAACUUUUAUUGUUUUAUUCUCUUAGUUUACUUGGGUUUCAAAGGAUUUUUCAAUAAAGUUCGAUUAUGAUUUAUUGCUUGAGGCUGUUCUAAGAAAACUUACUAUGAGGUUAUGAUACUUUACGUACUGAAUUAUGAUGAAAAACUGUAGGAUUUUAAGUUCCUUUGAGUCUGCAUAACUUGUAUUCCUUUUGUUGGCCGAUUACAGGCUUCUGUUGUAGAAAGCAUCUAGUUGAUACAUAGUGUGACCAAGUGUUUGCCAAAACCCCUAUUGAGAUUUAGAAGAACUGGUCUUUGUCCCUUGAAUUUUCUUAACUACUGCUAACAAUGCUUUCUUUUGUACACUGUUUCUGCCUUUGUUGCUAGAAAGUUCCAGUGCUUUCCCUUGAGAGUCUUUUAACUCUUUUAAGGCCUUGGCAUAGUAAAUGAGGGAAUUAGUAGUAUUUAUGUAUAUGUUUCAAUGCAAACAAUUGAGUGAUUACUGUACAGAGAAAUCGUUACAGUUUUCAAAUGUUAAUGUUACAAAUCAUUAAAGUUUGUCCUUGAAAAUUAUAAGGCAAAUAAAGAAAGGAAAAAAGGUGUAUGUAUGAAGGAUGAUUAGUUUCCUUUUUACCAAUUCUUUUGCAGUUUGGUACUGAACUGUAUAUACACAGUUUCUAUUCCUUUUUACCAAUCAUUAAAGUUUGGUACUUAACAUGUUGUUUUGGUUCACGGAUGUGCCAUCUUGUUAUUUCUCUUUGAUCAUCCUAUUGCUCAUAUUGAUAUGAUGUAAAGCUUUCGAGUUGUGUGUGGUUCAGACCUAUACAAUGGGCAUGGUGCUUGUUUUGGGACCUAAUUUGACCCAUUACGAGGGGAAAACGGACGAACUUUAAAGAAAUUAACCAUUUAUGUAAUAGAUGGACAAGGCCGCGCCGCUCUAUAAAUUCUUGAUCUUAUUGGCGUGUGAAAGUGUAGUUAGUUGGGUUGUUCAUACCAUUUUGUAGUCGAGCUUAUCCCCCAUGCUAAAGUGUGGAGGUGGCAUGGUGAUUGCUUCUUGAUUUUCUCUAUCAGCAUUUCCUUCCAUCCUAAAUACAUUCAACAAAUUAAGCUCACUAAGAUUCAUGAUUCCAAUUACUUAUGACGCGAUUUUAUCUGCGGUUCAACUUUGCAGAAGCGAGAAGGAAAAUAAGGGUGCAAGACCUUGGAACUGAAGCUGAUGAUACAUUGGGCAAAGAGCACAAAUCAAAAGAUCCUCACAACCACUGCCUUUCAAAUUGAACUGAACUCAUCCUCCAACGAUAAAAAGCCUAGUAUACGCAUGAAAAUCCCAUUGUGUCUAUCAGUAACGCGUAUAUCAAUAGCUGUGCACAUUUUCGGAUUUAAGUAAACCUUGGUGUAUGUGUAUAUAACAUGAUUUGCAGGACGGAUUAUGAUUUCUAAUCUA